UGAUUCUUCCGCAAGGGUAGCAGGUGGUGCGGUUGUGCUGUUUUGCUCAAUGGUGGAGAAACCAGCGAAACUUUUCCAUAAUUAGUUUUCUAGUAGAAAAGACAAUAGUCUAGAAUAUCUUACUCCUCGGUCGAUUAAGCAUUGUUUUAAGAUGUCGAGGGCAGAUUUAGAUAGCAUCCAACGUCUUUUGAAGCUUGUUAUUCAACGCCAUCAGGUUGUGGUAUCACAGAUGAAAAAUGACCCUCAGAAUGUAGACCUGCAAAAACAGUUGCAUGAGCUUCAGGCAGAAAUACAGAAACUAAGCCAACAGCAGAGAGCAGUUGUUCAACAGUUGAGGAAAGAACUGGUCAACAAACAGUCGAUGUCAGAUUCACUCAAUAAGCAAUCUAUGGUCAAAGAAGGGCUGCAGCAAAACAAACAAAUACCGAAAAAAGCACCCUCCAGUACUAGUUCUUGCAGCACUGCCAGCACAGUAGCUAAAAAACCUGUGGGUCAAGCAAAAGCCUUUCAACGUAACCCAAGUAGCACAACAACAGGCCUUACCUCUAAAAAUGGCAACUCCCCUCAAAGGGGGAAGUCGUCUCCAACCACUGUCAAAGUAUCGCCACCUAGAGGAAAGUCCCCACCUAUCCGUGUCCCCCAAUACACACCUCACAGGCCUUCCAUUUUACAGGGGAGACCAACCCUCUUCAGUGGUAGCACAACCACAGCUGCCAAACCAGCCUCCACCAACAAUGCUCAAGUACCCCCUGUGAAGAGAGCUACUACAGAACCUGGCAGUGACCACAAACGUAGAGUGCCUAUUGACACCAAGUCUCUCUCACCAGAACAAAGACAGAAAGUAGAAUACAUGGCUUCUCUGGAAUUGAUCACACAAGAUACUUUGAAAGAAUUGCAAAAUAGAAGAUCAGAAAGAAAAAGAAGAAGCACUGCAAAUCCCCAGUUUAGCUAUGGAAAUUUUGAGCCAGAGCGGAAGAAGGUCACAGCCACCUACCUCUCUCCACUAAUGCAAGGGGUCAAGCGCCCAAGGGGUCGACCCCCCAAAAAUGGCUACUCUCCAGCCAAUAGUAGGCCAGGGACUCCUUCAGGUAGCAGAAGUAGUUUGGCUGAAGAAGAUGUUGAUGAUGUUGAUGAUGAUGAAGAUGAUGAAGGAGAUGAGAAUGAUGUUCAUGAGGACUUCUGUGCAGUCUGUCAGAAAAGUGGUGAACUUCUUAUGUGUGACACCUGUAACUUGGUCUACCAUCUUCAGUGUCUUGACCCGCCCCUGACAGAAGUGCCCUCAGGAAUGUGGAGCUGUCCUAAAUGUCAGGCGAUGGGAAAGGUGCAGCCAAAACAAUGGCCAGGCACUUUGGCAUUAGUGCAUUCUUACAUUGCCUUUAAGUCUAGUAAAGAGGAAGAGAAAAGAAAAUUACAAAAGAAAGCUAUCGAGCUUGAAAUUGAGAAGAAAGAGCUAGAGAAGCGAGCAAAAGAAUAUUCCAAUUCUAUAACAGAACAAAUGGUGCACAAGGCGCAGUUUCUGCGAAAUAAAAAGGAUUCUCAGAAGUCACUGGAAAAGCUGAACAGUUUUGUCCGAGUUUUUCAGUCAGGUUCAUGAGUAGUAACUGUCUUCUUUGGUUCCUUGUAUUUCAAAAAGAUUUUAAUUGAUUGGACAGGAAGACAAUGGAGACUUUUUUCCCAAGCAAGUGCAAUUUUAAUCUUGAAUUAUAAACAAUUAUACUUGAGUGGGCAGUAUUUUGGUAUUUAUUCUCAUUGUUACUGAUAUUUUGUGUCAAAGACACCACAUCGCUUACUUAAAAUAGUUUGGUUUUGUAUAUUUUGCAACAGCCGUUUUCAUUUUUGAUGUCAGUAUCAACUUCCACUUAGGUCAAACAUGUAUAAAUAUUUUCAAAAUCCAUCCUGUGAGGAUUUGACAGUCCAGUUGAGUAUUUGCCAUGGCAUUGGGUACUUUAGGGUUUUGAAAGCUAACAUUAGCUCCUUCCCUAACUUGUAAAAUUAAUAUUUAUCAAAAAAAUUAUGGGGAAAUAUGUCAGCACCAUACAUAUUCAAGAGUCUGUAAUGUUUUGUAUGACCCAUCCAUUCAUCAGUCGAAUUCAUUGUGUUAUUUGGUUUGGUCAUUAUGUACAUAGUGAUUAUGUAGUUGUAUAUAAGCAUUGUCGAAGGGGUUGGUAAAUGAAUCAGGCUGUAAAAUUGUGCAAGUGUCACCAUUUUGCUUUUUGUGGCAAAACUGGUGAAAAUGUAGCUUCUUGUUGUCUGAGUAAGUGAAAGGUAACUAUUAUUUACUUUUUCACAAUUUUACACUUUCAGUAAGAGAAUCCAUUGUAUAAUUUUACAAAAUAUUGUGGUCAUGAAUAAAACUAUUUGAAUGGAUAAAAUGUGAUGCAGUUGAUAUUUAUAGGCAGAUCUUCAUGAAAC